AUGCGUCUGUCGGUCACCGCCUCCGCUCCGCCGUCCCCGGUGAUCCCCGGCGGCGCCGCCAAGAGAUCUCCCCCCCUCUCCUUCGGCUCCAUUCCAAGGAUCCCCCGGAGGCUCCUCCCUCCGCAACAUGCCCUCUCUUCCUCUGCCUGCCUCCGCCAUAUCCCGCCGCCGCCGCACCACGAACAGCUCCAGAGUAAGGGAGGUGAGAGAAGGGGCAGAGGAGGACGAGGACAAAGACUGACCUGUGCGGCCCUCGCGGGGGCGGAGUUCCUGGGCGGGCUCGAGAGCUUCCAAUCGGUGGCGGAGGCCGCCGCCGUGCUGGCGGCGAUCGUCGUCGUCCACGAGGCCGGUCACUUCCUCGCCGCCGUCCUACAGGGGAUUCACGUCAGCAAGUUUGCCGUCGGCUUCGGCCCCGCCGUCGCUAGCUUCACCGCCGGCAACGUCGAGUACUCCCUCCGCGCCUUCCCCCUCGGCGGCUUCGUCGCCUUCCCCGACGACGACCCUGCCAGCGACAUCCCCGCCGACGACCCCGAUCUCCUCCGCAAUCGCCCCCUCCUCGACCGCCUGCUCGUCAUCUCCGCCGGCGUCGUCGCCAACGCCGCCUUCGCCUACCUCAUCAUCUUCUCCCAGGUCAUCUCCGUCGGGCUCCCUGUCCAGGAGCCGCUCCCAGGGGUGCGCAUCCCCGAGGUUCGCCUCCAUUCGGCCGCCGAGCGGGGCGGCGUCCUCGCCGGCGACAUCAUCCUCUCCGCCAACGGCCUGUCCUCCCCCUCUGUCUCCGAUCUGGUGGAGAUCAUCAAAAGAAGCCCUAACACGAAGGUGACCUUCGAGCUGGAGAGGGCCGGGAAGCAGGGCCCCCUGGUGGUUGGUGUCGUCCCCGACGAGAGCUCCGACGGAUCUGGGAGGAUCGGAGUGCAGUUGUCCCCGAAUUUCAGAGUCUUCAAGCUCAGGGCGAGGGAUCUGACGGAGGCGAUCCGAUUCACCGGGAAGGAAUACUGGGGGCUCACCUCCACGGUCCUCGAGGGGCUGAAGCAGACCUUCCUCAAUUUCUCCCAGACGGCGGAGAAGGUCUCAGGUCCGGUGGCGAUCAUCGCGGUGGGGGCGGAGGUGGCGAGAUCCAAUUCAGAUGGACUCUUCCAGUUUGCCGCCGUCAUCAACCUCAACCUCGCCGUCAUCAACCUUCUGCCAUUGCCAGCCCUCGACGGAGGCUCUCUGGCUUUGCUUCUAGUGGAGGCGGUCAGAGGGGGGAGGAAGAUCCCCAAGGAGGUCGAGCAGCAGAUCAUGACGUCCGGAAUCACAGUCGUCUUCUUCCUCGGCCUGUUCCUGAUCGUCCGGGACACUCUUAACCUCGAUUUCGUCAAACAACUCUUGUGA